UCACGAUCAACAUACCGUGACAGAAUGAGCGCGAAUCGCGGUGCUAAAAUCGUUCUUAACUGGCUCGAGCGCUCCCGCGCCCAGCGCAUCGCAUGGAUAAUGGAGGAGCUGAAUCUAGAAUACUCCAUCCAACCCUUCAAGCGCAACCCGACAGGCACUGCGCCCGCAGAAUUGAAAAAGAUUCACCCUCUUGGCAAAUCGCCCACAGUAUCCAUCCAGCCGCCCUCGCCGACCUCCAAACCUAUCAUCUUGGCCGAGACGAGCCCGAUUAUGAGCUACUUAGUUGAGCAUUUUGCCGAUGAAGCCACAAGCACCAAGCUCAUUCCCAGAAAAUAUGAGCCCGGAAAGGAGAAAGAGCUAGGCGGUGAAACGGAGGCAUGGAUGCGACAUGAGUUCUACGACAGCUAUGUGGAGGGGAGCUUGAUGAGUGUUUUGCAGAUAAAAUUGGUUUUCGAUGCGCUGCAAAACGCACCUAUUCCAUUCUUUCUAAAGCCAAUAACGAACUUCAUCGCAUCAAAAGUCAAUUCUGAGUUCCUGGACAAUGAAUUCAAGACUCACUUCGGAUUCCUGGAAGAGCAGCUUGCUACAGCGCCUGAUGGGGGCCCGUACAUGUGUGGAAAAGAUCUCACGCUUGCGGAUAUCCAGUUGAGUGUGCCGGUGUCUGUGGGGUUUGCGUUGGGGGUUAUAUCGAGGAGUGAGUAUCCGCUGUUGCAUGGGUAUGUGGAGAGGUUAAGGGGUGAACGGGGAUAUAAGAGGGUGGUGGAGAGGGCGAGUGAAGUCGGGGAAGGAGCUAUGUUGGAGUGAUUUGAGAGAUUAUGAUGUCCAAGGCUUGCCGAUUGUAUGUUGCUUUAGGAUGGUGUUGCGGAGUUCUAUCUCGGCGGGUUUAGGUAGGUUGUACUAAUUUGAG